ACUGAAUUCAUAUAUUACCAUAGGUUAAAUACUUAUUAUUUUGUUUAAAUAUAUAUAUGAACCUUAUCUAAAAUAUGAACUAGCUAUAUAUUUCCCUAUUAAACAUUAUUGAUUUAUUAUAAGGUGCAUCUCAUUUAUGAUUGGUUGAUUGAAAUCAAUAAUAAUUUGUGCUGAUAUUUUAACCAAUAGGAUGUGAGCUACAAUUCCCAAAUAUACAUAUAUAUAUAAUAUAAUACAGUUGCCCAAAUUAUACGCUGACAUAAUAUUGUCGUUUCAUCACAUUUAUUCGUACUUUAUUCAUAAUAAUAAACUACCGCUUUAUAUUUUCGUUAUAUCUAUCCAUUCAAAAGGAAAUUUAUAUAUAAUUAAUUGAAUAUAUACAAAUAUAUACAAAGAUUAAAUUAUGGAUCCAUCUGAUCCAGAUUUUAAAUAUUUGGGUGUAGAUCGAAAAGCUUUAUUAAAAGAAUUAGCUAAUUUUGAUAGUAAAAAUGUUAUAUGGGUUGAAGAUGAAAAAGAAGGUUAUGUAUUAGCUGAUAUCAAAGAUACUACUGGUGAUACAAUUACAGUAGCACUUAAAGAUGGAAGUGAAAAGAAAGUUAAAAAAGAUGAUGCACAACAAGUGAAUCCACCGAAAUUUUUCUUAAUUGAAGAUAUGGCUAAUUUGACACAUUUAAAUGAUGCUUCCGUAUUGGAGAAUUUACGUGCACGUUAUUAUAGGCAAUUGAUUUAUACUUAUUCAGGAUUAUUCUGUGUAGCAGUUAAUCCUUAUAAACGUUUUCCAAUUUAUACUGAACAAGUUGCAUUAAAAUAUAAAGGAAAAAGACGAGGUGAAAUGCCACCACAUAUCUUUUCAAUUUCUGAUAAUGCUUAUCAUAAUAUGUUACAAGAUCGUGAAAAUCAGUCCAUUCUGAUUACAGGAGAAAGUGGUGCUGGAAAAACAGAAAACACAAAGAAAGUUAUUUCAUAUUUUGCUGUUGUCGCAGCAGCUUCAAAGAAAGAAGAUGAUGAAUCUAGCAAAAAGGGAACACUUGAAGAUCAAAUUGUUCAAGCUAAUCCAGUUCUAGAAGCAUAUGGUAAUGCCAAAACUACAAGAAAUAAUAAUUCAUCAAGAUUUGGUAAAUUUAUUCGUAUUCACUUUGGUACAACUGGUAAAAUUGCUGGAGCCGAUAUUGAACAUUAUUUGCUCGAGAAAUCUCGUGUAGUUUCACAAAUGAAAGGAGAACGGAAUUAUCAUAUUUUCUAUCAGUUAUUAUCAACUUAUGGUUCUAAAUAUCAUGAUAAAUUAUUAGUUCAAACUGAUCCUGCUUUAUACAGUUUCAUUAAUCAAGGAGAAUUAACUAUUGAUGGUGUAGAUGAUAGUGAAGAAAUGAAAUUGUGUGAUGAUGCUUUUGAAGUUCUUGGAUUUAAUGAUGAUGAAAAAUUAUCUUUAUUCAAAUGUACUACAUCAAUUUGUAAUAUGGGUGAAAUGAAAUUUAAACAAAGACCAAGAGAAGAACAAGCUGAAGCUGAUGGAACUGCUGAAGCAGAAAAAGUUGCAUUUCUAUUAGGUGUUAAUGCAAAAGAUCUAUUAACUUCAUUUUUAAAACCAAAAGUUAAAGUUGGCACAGAAUUUGUAACUAAAGGUCAAAAUUUAAAUCAAGUUACAUAUGCAGUUAGCGCUUUAGCUAAGUCGUUGUAUAAUCGUAUGUUUGGCUGGUUAGUAGCUCGUGUCAAUAAAACUUUGGAUACAAAAGUUAAACGUCAAUUUUUCAUUGGUGUAUUGGAUAUUGCAGGUUUUGAGAUUUUCACUGAAAAUGGUUUUGAACAAAUUUGUAUUAACUACACAAAUGAACGUUUACAACAAUUCUUCAACCAUCAUAUGUUCGUCUUAGAACAAGAAGAAUAUAAACGUGAAAAAAUUCAAUGGACAUUUAUUGAUUUCGGUAUGGAUUUGCAAGCUUGUAUAGAUUUAAUUGAAAAGCCUAUGGGUAUCUUAUCCAUUCUAGAAGAGGAAUGUAUCGUUCCCAAAGCUUCAGAUCAAACAUUCUUGUCGAAAUUAUAUGAUAAUCAUUUAGGUAAAAGUCCUAAUUUCACCAAACCGAAACCACCGAAGCCAGGACAUGUAGAAGCCCAUUUCGAAUUGCACCAUUAUGCUGGAUCUGUUCCAUACACAUUAACUGGAUGGUUAGAAAAGAAUAAAGAUCCACUUAAUGACAGUGUCGUUGCAUUAUUAGGUGAUAGUAAAGAUCCUAUAGUAUCUAAUCUAUUUACUCCAGUUGUCGGUGAACCUGGUAAAAAGACGAAAGGUGGCUCUUUCUUGACAGUGACCUACAUGCACAGGGAAUCAUUGAAUAAAUUAAUGAAAAAUUUACAAAGUACCAGUCCAUCAUUUAUUCGUUGUAUUGUCCCGAAUGAAUUUAAACAACCUGGUGUCAUUGAUGCACAUUUGGUUCUGCAUCAAUUACAUUGUAAUGGUGUACUUGAAGGUAUUCGUAUUUGUCGUAAAGGUUUUCCAAAUCGUAUGAUUUAUUCUGAAUUCAAACAACGUUAUUCAAUUUUGGCACCAAAUGUUAUACCUGAUGGAUUUGUUGAUGGUCGUCAAGUUACAGAAAAAAUAUUGGAAGCAACACAAUUAGAUAAAAAUCUUUAUCAAUGCGGUAAUACAAAAGUAUUUUUCAAAGCUGGCACCCUAGCUCAUUUAGAAGAUUUACGUGAUGAUAAAUUAAAUGGUAUUAUUAGUUUAUUCCAAGCAGAAAUUCGUGGUUAUUUAAUGAGAAAACAAUAUAAAAAGCUACAAGAUCAACGUGUUGCACUUACAUUAAUGCAACGUAAUAUCCGUAAAUAUUUAGUAUUACGUAAUUGGCCAUGGUGGAGAUUAUAUACAAAAGUAAAACCAAUGUUAAAUAUAGCACGUCAAGAAGAAGAAAUGAAAAAAGCCGCUGAAGAAUUAGCUAAAUUAAAAGAAGAAUAUGAAAAAUUAGAAAAAUUAAAAAAAGAAUUAGAAGAACAAAAUGUUACUGUAUUACAACAAAAAAAUGAUUUAUUUUUACAAUUACAAACUGAACAAGAUAGUUUAGCUGAUGCUGAAGAGAAAAUAUCUAAACUUGUACUACAACGUGGUGAUAUGGAACAACGUAUUAAAGAAUUAGAAGAACGUUUAGCUGAUGAAGAAGAUCAAGCAGCUAAUUUAUCUGAAGUGAAAAAGAAAAUGUCCUCUGAAAUUGAAGAAUUAAAAAAAGAUGUUGAAGAUUUAGAAUCAUCAUUACAAAAAGCUGAACAAGAAAAACAAAUCAAAGAUAAUCAAAUACGUACAUUACAAUCAGAAAUGGCACAACAAGAUGAAAUGAUUGGAAAAUUAAAUAAAGAUAAAAAGAAUUUAGAAGAACAAAAUAAACGUACACAAGAAGCAUUACAAGCUGAAGAAGAUAAAGUGAAUCAUUUGAAUAAAUUAAAAGCUAAAUUAGAAUCAACAUUAGAUGAAAUGGAAGAAAAUCUAGCUCGUGAACAAAAGAUUCGUGGUGAUGUAGAAAAAUCUAAACGUAAAUUAGAAGGUGAUUUAAAAGCUACACAAGAGACUGUUGAUGAUUUGGAACGUGUAAAACGUGACUUAGAAGAACAAUUACGACGUAAAGAAGCUGAAAUUGGUGGUUUAAGUGGUAAAUUUGAAGAUGAACAAGGUUUAGUAGCUCAGUUACAACGAAAAAUUAAAGAACUUCAAACACGUAUACAAGAAUUAGAAGAAGAUUUAGAAGCGGAACGUGCAGCUCGUUCAAAAGCUGAAAAGAGUCGACAACAGCUUGAAAGUGAAUUAGAAGAAGUUGUUGAUCGUUUAGAAGAACAAGAUGGUGCUACAGCAGCACAAAGUGAUUUAACUAAAAAACGUGAAGCUGAAUUAAUGAAAUUAAAACGUGAUUUAGAAGAUACACGUUUACAAAAUGAACAAGCAAUAGCUACAAUGCGUAAAAAACAAAGUGAUGCUAUUAAUGAAUUAGCUGAUCAAUUAGACCAAGCUAAUAAAGCUAAAGCAAAAGCUGAAAAAGAACGAAGUCAAUUCAAAGCUGAAUUAGAUGAUGCACAUAAUCAAGUGGAUAGUAUUAUGAAAGCUAAAUUGAAUUCCGAGAAAACAGUGAAGGCUCUAGAAUCUCAAUUACAAGAAGUUUCCGUGAAAUUAGAUGAAGCUACAAGGAACUUAAAUGAGCAAGCUUCAACUAAAGCACGUAGUAGUCAGGAAGUUUCUGAAUUACAACGACAAUUAGAAGAAGCAGAGUCACAAUUAAGUCAACUGAAUAAAAUUAAACAACAACUAAGUGCACAACUUGAAGAAGCACGUCAUAGUUUGGAAGAUGAAAGUCGAAUGAAAGCUAAACUAAAUGGUGAAGUACGUAAUUUAACUAGUGACUUAGAUUCAUUACGUGAAACAUUAGAAGAAGAACAAUCAGCUAAAGGUGAUUUACAACGUCAAUUACAAAAAUUACAAGGUGAAUUACAACAAUUACGUUCACGUGGUGGCGGUGGUGGAGAUGUUCGUUCUGAAGAAGUUGAAGAAUUAAAACGUAAAAUGAAUGCUAAAAUACAAGAAUUAGAAUCAGAAGCUGAAUCAGCUAAAUCAAAAUGUGGACAAUUAGAAAAAACUAAAGCACGUUUACAAGGUGAAUUAGAAGAUUUAAUGGUUGAUGUUGAACGUGCCAAUGGUUUAGCUAGUCAAUUAGAACGUAAACAAAAUAAUUUCAAUCGUACAUUAGCUGAAUGGCAAAAGAAAUAUGCUGAUUCUCAGGACCUUGAAUAUCAUUGGUUCGUUUCCUCUUUUAGAACACUUUCUUGUGACAUUUUCCAAGCACAUUUUUGUAUUGCAUAUAUAUACACAUGAGUUGUAUGCUUGUUCGCUCGUGCUUCCGACCGAUAAUAGAAUAUACUUUUAUCUCCGCUGAAUCUGGUCUUCUCUCUCUAGUUAUGAGUUCUGGAAGCAGUGAAAUAGUUUAACUUGUCCUGUUGUUGUGUUUAUGACUUUCGUUACUUUCGCCGGUUUCAUGUGAUAUCAUAAUCUCCUUAGACAUAGCAGAUCUCGUAGAACAAAACAUUCAGUCAACUUAAAAGUGAUAACAAACAAUCAGAAGAUAGAAAAGUUCAUGUAGAAAUACGAAUUCAGGGUUUUUGUUACAGAAAAUAAUUAACAGUGCAAAGAUAAAACUAGAUAAUCUAGAAUCUUGAUAACAAUUUCCAAUUGAAGCAUCAACUCUGGGACGCAGGUACACCCAGCUGACAAGUCCCAAAUAGGACGAUUCGCGCGUCGUGGAUUCCAUUGCGAACCAGUAUUCAUCUUUGCUUCAAACUUUAUACUGUUUUAAAUUAUUGAUAGAUAACCAAUAUCUUUUGUGAGAACUCAUAUUACAGAUUAUUAUAAAUUACAAUAUAAAAGAAGGUUACGUAACAGUAAAGGUUGAUACUCAUAUAACUUCUGUUGAAGCUAAUACUUAGUAUUCAGUUGAAUUUAAAUGAAUACUGUUAACUGUAAGCUGAUCUUAGCGAAUUAUAAAACCAGGAACCAUAAAACAAUUGCCUUGUACCAGUUCAACUUAAACAAACCUCAGUUCAAUUUUCAAUCUGAUUAUAGAAUUACGCAUUAUUAAUAUAUCAAGUACUAGGUCAGAAUAGUUGUUCAGUAAUUCCUGGAUUCCACUGGUUGGUUAUGUAACCUAAACAAUUCAACAGUCUUCAUCAUCAAUAACAACCUUUCUUCCAUAAUCAGUUUGAUAUUGUUAUUCUUUUAUUGUAUCUUUUUCUUUGUUUAACAUAGGCUGAAUUAGAAAAUGCUCAACGUGAUGCACGUGGUCAAUCAACCGAAAUUUUCCGAUUAAAAGCUCAAUUAGAAGAAGUUCAUGAACAAAUGGAAGGACUUCGUAGAGAAAAUAAGAAUUUGAGCGGUAUGUUGAUUCUUAUAUAUUGGAUAAAUAACAUUUCAUUUAACAAUAUAUAGAAAACUGAAGAUCAUCAAUUACACUGAUCUAUACAUUUCAGCUGCACAGAACAGCAUAAUUGAAAUACUGAACAGUUGACUAACCUAAACGGAGUGAGAGUGAGAAAGAAAGGCAAAGCUCUUUAGCUUCGUUUCUGAACAAGAUUUCUUUUGAGUAACAAAAUUUGUAUAUAAUCAAGUGACUAGAAUAAGUAAUUUGUCAAUUAGUUACAAAUGAAUAAUAUGUCGGAUACUCAGUUAAUGGAGUCAACUGAAACUGUGUUUUCAUGAUUCUUCACAAAAUUAUACACUUUUUCUGAACAAAUAUAUUGCUCAAAGAUAUAUUUAAUAGUUAGGCAGUGAUCCCAUAUCUCUAGUAUAUCAUCUCACCAAUUUUGCGCCAGUAACCUAUUCCUCUAGAAGAUCAUCUUUUUAUACAAAUCAGAAGUCAUCCUAAUAGUUCACUAUUUAUUAAACAUUAUGUAGGCAGUUUAAGAUGCCAUUCACAGUCCUACUGUUCUAUAAAUUUUGUCAUAAACGUCACUCACCUAUGAUAUUAAAAAUUGAUUGCAUAAUAUCACGACUUGAUUAAGAUCAAUAAUAUGAACCACAUGAUGCCCUCUCAGUUAUUUAAAUGUUAAACGAUCCACAUGAGACUCAAAGGUCUUGGGUUCAAACUCUGUCGGUGAGGAGGUGUGAGUUCUCACUGCUGAGGAGUUCCACACUAUAAAGAAACAGCCGUUAAGUACUUUUCGCUUUUUCAGUAGUUUCCUGAAUAAUGUCAAUUCUCUUUAUAAACUGUGAAACCGAACAAUCUUCACGGACCCCUUACAUUUAUAAAAUUUAUAGAUGUUGUAUUGUAGGGUACCAACGUAAUCGCUGAAUCUAAAGCCUAAUUAUUUCUAGUAUAACCUAAUUUCAUUUGUGUUAUUAACGAAAUAACUAUCAUUUGAUUUAAUUACUAAUUUCCCUUAUAAUUAGAUGAGAUUCAUGAUUUAACUGAACAAUUGGGUGAAGGUGGACGUUCAGUACAUGAAAUUGAUAAGAAUAGACGACGACUUGAAAUGGAAAAGGAGGAACUACAAGCUGCAUUAGAAGAAGCUGAAAGUGCAUUGGAACAAGAAGAAGCUAAGGUUCAACGUGCUCAACUUGAAAUGAGUCAAGUAAGUAAAAAUGUAUUGCGGAUGAGCAGUAUUAUAUUCCUUAUGAGAUGGUGGAGAAGAUUUUCAGCUGCGGUGGAUGCUUUGGGUGGAGUUUUGUUUGCCGGGUUGUAUGAUUUGGUCAAGGAACUCUCAUUGUUUUUCUGAACAAAGUCAUCAGCACAAACUCGAGGUAAAAUUGAAGUAUUUGAAUUUCUCUGCAUAUGACUCACACCUCGUUCUGUGGAUCUCAGUGUUGAUUGGAUAUUGUUGACCAUUAGCCCGUCACUGUCUGUUUCUUUAUUUUGAUUGUAUCUUCCAUUGAUCUGAUUCUUAGUCCUACAUUUGUCCAUGAUUUUUCCGAUUGGCUAAUGGAUUCGAUCGAUUUCAAUGUGUUUGUUGAUUGCUGAUUGACUUGAGUAUCAAAGUUCUAAAAAUUCCACUGUACUUUUAGCAUUCCUUCUAUCCAAGGUCUCAAUAUUUUCUCGGACGAACAUAUGUUCACAGUUGUCCACAUGCAUUGAUAUAAGCGAAGAUGGAGUUUGACUGAUAAUUAAUAUUCGAGGAGGCAAAUUUUGAACACUUCGCUUCCGCCUGAAGUUUGUGCUGGUGAUGUUGUUCAUGAAAACAAUAAAAGCUCUACGACCGAACCAUCCAUCUCAGAGAAAAAACGCCUAAAUAAGUUUAUUUCUCUUUUGUAAUAACUUUUCCGUUUUCAUUCGAGAAAAAGGUAUUACAUUUUAUGCUCAUAGGAGGUCAUUCAGGGCUUGAAUACCUCAAUUGUAACUUGUCAGACUGUUAAUCUCAUCGAUAGUAUGGAUUAGAAUCGUAUAUAGUGGAACAUUAGUUCCGUCAACAUUACUUAUACGGAUUUCUAAUGAGAUCAAUAACUAGGAUGGAACCUGUAUCUGAACAGGGUUUCCUACUGAUUUCCUCCAACUUCAAAAUAUGAUGUCGAAUUACUUAGACUAGAAGCUAUAGUUCAACUUGAUCGAUAAAAUUUGUUCAUUACCAAAAAGUACUAGACAGAUGUAACAUUAAUCAUUAUUCAGUUUUAACCAAUCACUUAUGUAUGUGUACGUGUGUUUGUUGACUGUACAGACUCAACUAAUUUUUCUCAGGGAUCAUAUAGUAAAGAUUAAUACAGCGAAUCAAAACAUGACACUUUGUAGGUGAUUUCCACUCUUACUUUUACUGUUCAUUCAAUUGUCUCAUGAUUACAUUUGGGAAUUAUUUUCUUUAUUUUCAAACACAUCUUUUGAAAUAAUAUUCUUGAAAGAUUUUGUAGACAAGCUGUUUCUGUUGAAGAGAUCCUCUUUUUCUUCUUUUUCUGAUGAUCAGAAUCAUUUUUUUAUAUUUUGUUAUUUGUCUAUUGUUAAGAUUCGUCAAGAAAUUGAUCGACGAUUAGCUGAAAAAGAAGAAGAAUUUGAAGCCACACGUAAAAAUCAUCAACGAGCUAUGGAAUCACAACAAGCUAGUUUAGAAGCUGAAGCAAAGGGUAAAGCAGAAGCUAUGCGUGUUAAAAAGAAACUUGAACAAGAUAUUAAUGAAUUAGAAGUUAGUUUAGAUGGUGCAAAUCGUGCUAGAGCUGAACAAGAGAAAAAUGUGAAAAAGUUCCAACAACAAGUACGUGAAUUACAAUCACAAUUAGAAGAUGAUCAACGUCAACGUGAUGAUUUACGUGAACAAUUCCAAGCUGCUGAACGUCGUGCAACUGUAUUAGCUGGUGAAUUAGAUGAAUUACGUAUAGCAUUAGAUCAAGCUGAACGUAGUCGUAAAAUAGCUGAAGCUGAACGUGCUGAAGCAUCGGAUCGUGCGACAGAAAUGUCUACACAAACUGCAUCAUUAGCUGCACAAAAACGUAAACUUGAAGCUGAUUUAGCCGCCAUGCAGGUAAGACUUAAUAAUGAUAUUUAUUUUUAAAAAGUAAAUAAUUCAAGAAUAACUAACAUUAUUGAACAAUUAUGAAUAGAUUUUAUUUACGUCUGGACUCUAUUCAACUGCUCUUAAGACCUAAAAAGACUAUUAACAAUUUGUAGAAUAUAUUCAUUAUAGGAUUCAUCAUCUAAGUUAGAAUAGCAUUAAAAACCAGGAAGCAUAGAACAGUUAAUUUAUUCUAGUAUAUAACUCCUCAGCGAUCUACAACCAGUGAAAAGUCGUGAUUAGUUAAGUUCAGAUAUGUCAGGAGUAAGACGGAUGUCACUAAUAACAUGCACUGGUCAUUGUGCUUUAUUGUAAAUUGACUGAAGUUAAAAUUCUAACACUGAAGACUGAUUAAAAGGAUUCUAAUACUUACGUUAUCACCGUGAGAUUUGAAGGUUAAGGGUUCGACCACGGUCGGAAUCAUAGGUGAACACUCCUGAUACGUUUCAAACUAGAACGAAACAAAUUAUCAUUAAUAUGUGGUUUAUAAUAAUAUCCUAACUGAGAUCAAUCUGUGGCAGGUAAAAAUUAUAAAAGUAAACCAGUUUUCACAAAACUCUUUCAACAAAAUACUUGAUUGAACUGAAUUAUAAAAAUUUCCUAAAGGUUCAAUACUUGUAGUGUAUGCCACUUAUGUUGAUAGAUAUAAGUAGUGUAGCAUCAUUCGGAAGUAGAAUGCCUGCGACCCAAAGAUUGGGAAGAAGUAAGUUGAAGAGAAGAGAGAAAAAAAUUAAAAGAAAUCAAAAUAACAACAGGAAUAAAAGAACGAUGUAGUUUCCAAGAGACAACUGAUGGAAGAUAUGCAAAUGAUGUAUUUAAUGCAUGGUUUUCAUAGUUUACAAACGCCCUGUGGUUUUGCAUUAAACAAUAAAUUAAUCUUCCCUACCUGAGUUCUUUGUUCACUUACAUUCUUAUAUGUUAACCAAUGCAAAAAUUCUGAAUUGUCUUUUACACACUUCAUCAUUCUUCCAAUCCUGCGGUUGUUCCGAUCGCUCUUCGUUUUCUUCCCUCUCCUGUUUAUUUCAAUCUUCCGCUCGUAAGCAUUUUAUUUCCACUUACUGUUACUUAUAUCUGACCCAGGAGAAAAUCAUUAAGAUGAGAAGUAGAGAGAAGAACGAAUGAAAUGAUUUUCAUAUUAAGAAUGAAGUGCAAAUAGAACAUACUAGGUCAAAGAAUAAAAAUUAACUCAAGAUUUAUUAGAUGAUAAGGAAUUAGUGCAAUUGACUCAAACCAACAAGUAACUUUAGGUCUUAUAACACAACUAUUGAUUAAAGUGGCUGUUAUACGUAUUCCAUUAAAGGAAGUCAACAUAUAUAAUCACCGUUCAAAGAUCAACUGUCAAUAGCUUCCUAAAUUGAUAUUAUUUGUUCGGUCCGUAAAUCUCUAGCUUUCAUUCAACCUACUUUUACAUACCAGCUAGCAUUAAAUGUCAAUAUGAGGGAUGACGGAAAAAGGGGCAAUAUAUAUUAGUUUCAUGUUAUUAACACUAAUAACUUCACCCGAAUACACUUUAAUCUUACUUACUUACGCCUGUUACCCUCGUCGAUGAGCAUAGGCCGCUCACCAGCAUUCUCCAUCCGACUCUGUCCUGAGCCUUCCUUUCCAGUUCUUUCCAGUUGCUAUUCAUCGUUUUCAUAUCUGCUUCUAUUUCCCGGUGUAAUGUAUUCUUUGGCCUUCCUCUUUUCCACUUCCCUUCCGGAUUCCAAGUUAGGGAUUGAGUCGUGAUGCACAUUGGUGAUUUCCUUAAUGUAUGUCCGAUCCACUUCCAAUGUCUUUUCCUAAUUUCCUCUUCAGCUGGAAGAGGAAGUGUUAGACCACCGUUGGAAACCUAGAAGCGAUGAACGGCCGUUUCGUCCUCAACAGUGCGUACCGACUAUCCUGCACAUGAGACUCGAAUCCAGACACUUGCUCACAAAUGCUUAAUUUAUACAUUACUAAACUAGCAUCCAACAGUGUUAAUGUCCAACUGCAAUCAAUCCACGAUAUAUUGUGCUAUCAUUUUAUUCAGUUAGUAACUGUAUCCCACCUAAAUCUGCAUUAAAUCCCCUCUUAAAUUAUCUUAUUUUUCAUCAUAUUGUUAUUGCUUUCUUCAUUAGGCUGAUUUAGAAGAAGCCGCCA